AUGUCAUCCCAAGGAUAUAUCCCAUACCAGUGGCUGAAACCGAACGCCUACAACGCCGACCAACGUAGCAAUUAUCUCGGUGUGAGCGAUGAUGAACUACCUCAAGUGACAAAAGAAGGCGGCUUUAUCAGUGAUGAUACACUAAGGUCAUCACACAACAAAGCGAUGAUCGGAAUCCUCCAACAGAUCGUGCUCAAUCCUCAGGACGAUCAACGAAGGGAAUACCAAACUCUUAGAGAGAGCAAACACCAUUUCCUGAAUAGCCAGUAUGCUACCAAAGACGAAUAUACCAGUUUAUGGAUCGACCUUAAAGCCGAAGGGGUAUUCAAAGAUCAGUCCAGAAGGGGUCGAUCAGCUUUGAGGUUUUGUGUGGAAGCCUGGGAGAAUCUACAAUCUGAUGAAUAUGAAGUUGGCAUACCUUCUUAUUCAUCUAUCAAAGGGUUUUUAUCUCUUCCGGGGGUCUAUUCCGGACAAAUGCCUUCAUUGAACGGCAUCAUGGAUGCCGCACAACAAGCGAAUGAUGUACUUCACAGACUUGAUUCCGAUUCUGCUUGGUCAGCAUUUGACCGAAGCUCGAGUUUGAAAGACCUUCAAGCCAUGUCUGGUCAAAAGGAUUUAUCAACUGCAAAUGAAGAAAUGAUCAGGUCUUUGGACAAGGCAUCGGCAACUGAUUGGAUGACCUCAGUGGGAUUCUCAAAGUACAAUGCUUUGAAUGUCAAGGCUUUUGCACAAUCCAUAACCCCUACACCUAAAACUUAUAGAGUUUCGAGUGCCGACGAUCCCUCAGAGGUCGAGUAG